ACUCCUAACAAAAGUAUAGCCGCUACCUUGCCUUCUUUAUAACUAAAUUGAUAUGUUGGAAUCAGGUUAGAUCCUGAGGGAUCUUGACACCCAGGAACUUGAAGUUGCUCACUUUCUCCACUUCUGAUCCCUCUAGGAGGAUUGGUAUGUGUUCCUUUGUCUUACCCUUCCUGAAGUCCACAAUCAGCUCUUUGGUCUUACUGACGUUGAAGUGCCAGGUUGUUGCUGAGGCACCAUUCCACUAAUUGGCAUAUCUCACUCCUGUACGCCCUCUUGUCACCACCUGAGAUUCUACCAACAAUGGUUGUAUUGGCAAACUAAGGAGAGCCAGCAGAUGUAAUGUAUGAAGGUGUAUAAGAGACAUUUGCACAGCUUCAAAUUUUUAAAUACUUUGCUGUGGAGGAAACUGGAUGCGAAUUGCCAUGUAUGGAUUCCAUUCUCUUUAUGCGCAGCUGGAAAUGUCCUGUGGGUUUUUGUUUUAGAAUUGAGUUCUACCCAUGACUCUUCCACCAAGUGAAAGCAACUUAGAGAUUUGGAUGCCUAAAAUUUGAGCUGGGCUUUGGCACAUUUAGCUUAUUAAUGGAAUCUCACAGACUAGUGUCCAAAAUAUAAAAUAUCCGACUGCAUGACUUGAGUCCUGAAGAAGGGUCAUGGCCUGAAAUGUUGACUGUUCAUUCAUUAAAAUAGAUGUUGCCUGGGUUUUCAAGAUGGCGGCGCAGUGAGAAGUAUGCUUUGCUGAGCCCAGCACCGCAACACUGAUAAUGUAAACCUAUAAACCUAUGUUUCAACUUUUUUUAAAAAAUGCUCAGGUGUCAGAUUUAAUGAUAUGAACAUUGAUGAGUUUUUUUAGCUGCUUGAACACCAUGCCAUCGAAAGGUACCAAAAAGGCAGCCAAGAUGGGCUACACAGAGCGCUCGCCUGGGGCUGAGGAGCUAGCUACUGCCAGCUACACUAACUCGUUGGACCCUGCUUUUUGUCAAGUAAUUCGGGAAGUUACGGAGAACAUACUCAAAAUGAUUGAUGAAAAGCUGGCUCCACACUCUCGAACACUCCAAAACCACACAUUGGAACUUAAAAAUCUUGAUACAAGAACAACCGAGGCCGAGGGCCGAGUCUCCGUGGUAGAGACCGUAACUGAUCAAGCCCAAAGCUGCAUCUGGGCGCUGGAAAAGCAAGUUCAAAACCUGUCUGAUUAUAUCGAUGACCUUGAGAACAGAGGUAGGAGAAAGAAUGUACGAAUCAUUGGUCUACCUGAAGGUACAGAAGGCAGCCAGCCAGCAAAGUUUUUUAAGGGCUGGCUGCCUAAUUUCCUUGAUUUGGAAACCAAGGCUGGACGCAUUACAGUGGAAAGAGCUCACCAGACGCUGGCACCAAAACCAGGUCCAAGCCAAUGCUCUCGACCCGUCCUCGUGCGGUUCCAUAAUUUCGGUGAUAAGCAAAGAGCGAUGGAGGCUUUGAGGCACCACGGAACUGAUGCCCAGGCUUUAAUAUAUGAGGGAUUCAGGUUUAUGCUUUUUUCAAGAUUUUUUGGCAGCCGUUAUUCAGAACCGCAAGGAAUUCGACCAGGUAAAGAAGUGGCUGAGAGAAUCUGGAAUCCAGUACUUUAUGCAAUACCCAGCGACGCUGAAAAUCACCUACAACAGGACCACCAAGAUAUUUGAUUGUCCUGGCAAAGCUAAAACUUUUGUGAACACGUUGGGGUAAAAAAUGUAUACAGUAUAUUGUGUAGACCUGGUGAUGGAUGAUACCAUGCUUGAUGGUCACGUUAUUUUACCUUUUCAUUACUCAACUGCAAGAUAUCUUGUAGGAUGGGUAACAUGUUUGUUUUGAUUAAUACAGUUUCAUUAUUUGUUUAAAUUAGCGGUGCUGCUCCAGCCUGAAGGAGUUUAAACAUGACGGUAACAAAUUGAUGGAUUGAUAAAUUAUGCCGUUUUCAUUUUUGACUGUGUUAAAUGCCAUAUUGGCAGUGGCGCAGAAUAUGGAGUGCUAGAAGAUUCAGAUAUCCCCUUUAAGUGUGGGGUAAGUCCUGUUGGCAAUUUGCUUUUGUGUGUGUGUUUUUUAAUUUAUGUAUUACUGCUCAGCUGAUCUUAAGCUGGGUUUCUUCUCCUCCGGAGUCUCGUCAUUGUUAUAAAGGGAUAUGACCCAUAAUACAUUAAAAUUGUGCACUUGGAACAUUAAGAGGAGUCAUUCACCAAUCAAGAGAAAGAAAAUCCUACUAAACCUGAGAAAGGAAAGGGUAUAACCUUAUUGCAGGAGACACAUUUAAAUGAUAAAAAACAUUUAAAACUGCAACAGC